AGCCCUAACCAGGUCAAGCAAGCUUUUGUUAAGUUGGUUUGCAUGACUUCAGGAAGCCUAAAUUAUUCAGCCAGUGGAGCAAGGUGCUUGGAGAAUCUCAAAUGGCCCCUUGCACUCCAUGUGAUGGAAAACACUCAAAUCUGAUCAGCCAGAUUUGUUUUCACACACACACACACACACACACAACCACACACACACACACACACACACACACACAGGAGGAGGAGCUGGUGUUGUGUUACUCUUGAGUUUUCCUUAGUAUACAAGUCUAAAAGAAACAAUGUGAUGACAUCAGUGUUAUUAAUUACACUUUCAAUAAUCCAUCUUUUCUUUCUGUGUUUGUGCUUCAACCCGUUCCCCCUUUUUUUUCAUCCUGCUUCAGCUCCUUCGGUCCCGUUGUUAAAGCGUGCUGGCGGGGCACCGCAGCCAUGGCCCAUUCACCCCCACCCUACGCGACAGGUCCAAAGAUCCCACUUCCCUCCUCCUCCUCAGCUCCCUCUCUUCCACACCCGCCAUGCAGAAGAGAGCGCAGAGAGGCCCCAUCUGGUCACCAUCAUCCGCCCCUGUGGUCAAAGUACACUACGCAAGGUAACCGUCCUGUUGAACCGUAGAGGUGUGGUGUCCUUCGAGCAACUGCUAUUGGAUAUCUCUGAGGCGUUGGGGAUUCCUCGCUGGCACAGAGCCAGAGUCACACGCUUGUACACGACCCACGCGCAAGAGGUGAAAAGUGUAUGUGAUUUCUUUCGAGGCGAGGUGGCCUUCCUGGCUCUGGGGAAGGCUCGCCCAGAGCUGAGCGAUGUGCAGGAGGCUCUGGAGGAGCUGUUUCCAGAACAUUCCCAUUACCGAGCGGACGCACUACAGGCCUGGGAGAAAAGACUUCGUCCAGCGCCAGAUAAAGCAGCUAAGGCUGACAGUGGAUACAGUGAGGGAACAGACAGUAGCAAGACACACACUAACCAAGAGACUCACCAGGACACAAACACACAUGCUAAUGGUCACACAGGUACUCAGCCGCCUCACUAUGUAGACACACACCAGCCUGAAAACUACAAGUCAGAUGUACGGAAGUGUCAUAAAAAGAAUUUGUGCAGAAAACCUGCUCACCUGCCCAACCACCUGCAGAGACUGCGUGUGAGGGGCGGGGUCAGAGAGCGACAGCCUUCUGUCAUUGGUCCAUUUAAACACGAGGAAAGUCUUAGAGAAGCAGACAUACCCUCUCCUGCACUGUGUGAAGACUGUUUAGCAAGGAGAGUUAAACAUCAGGUACCAGAGCGGCUCAAUCAACUCUCAGGGAGGGUUCCACUUCCUCCUGUGUCGAGGAAGCAAAAAGGAAGUUCAUAUACAGAACAGGAAGUAAGAAAUCGAGAGAAAUCGUACAUUCACAUCAACCCUCUACCUCCUCAGCCAAUCAGCAGGCAUGAGGAGAAGAGUGUCGCUCAAUUCAUUUCAAAUCCACUUCCAAAUGUGGGUGAAGUACACAAGGCCAUUCAGCAGAGGACGACCUCUGACCUUCCCUCAGGAGGCAGUGAUGUCACCCUGGCAGAUAUCGAGCGUUUCUAUGAAAUUGGACGCGUGGUUGGGGAUGGAAACUUUGCGGUAGUGCGAGAGUGUCGCCGUCGCGACGGCGGACAAACCCUCGCCGUGAAGAUCGUCGCACGCUCCAAGCUGAUUGGUCGAGAGCACAUGAUGCAGAACGAGCUGAGCCUUCUGGGUAGCCUCUGUCACCCACGCAUAGUGCGGCUGUUUGCGCACCACCACACACGCACUCACUCCUACCUGGUGAUGGAGCUGGUGAGCGGGGGGGAUCUGUUUGAGGCCAUCAGUGAGAGGGGAAAGUUUCCGGAGGCAGAGUCGGGACUGAUGGUGUCAGACGUGAGUGAAGCGCUGAACUACAUCCACUGCAAAAGUAUCGUCCACCGAGACCUCAAACCAGAAAACCUACUGAUAGAGCAUGUGUCUGCUGGUAUAUGUAGGUUGAAGUUGGGAGACUUUGGUCUUGCCAUGGUUGUGACGGAACCAGUCUUCACCAUAUGUGGCACACCCACGUAUGUAGCCCCAGAGAUUCUCUGUGAGACAGGUUAUGGUGUUGCGGUGGAUGUAUGGGCUCUGGGUAUUAUCCUCUAUAUUCUGCUGUGUGGAUUUCCCCCAUUUCGCAGUCGGGAUCGGGACCAGGAAGAGCUGUUCCGGCUAAUAAAACAGGGACAACUCCACUUCUUGUCCCCCUACUGGGACCCCAUCUCAGAAGAAGCCAGAGGCCUUGUCAGAGCUCUGCUUCAGCCAGAUCCCACAGUGAGGCUGACAGCAGAGCAGACCUUGCUGCAUCCCUGGGUGAAGGCUAUGGCUUCAAUGUGCAGGCAGAGGGCGCUCACAGACAAAACUCAGAGGGACACAGCAGCUACUGGAGCAGAACCAGACAAGUCCAGGCUAGUCCAGAGACUUGUUCAGACCAAUGCAGCCAAAACAGUGCCAGACGAAACACUGGGACAAACCGGCAGCGAGGUAGAGGUCACACAGAAAGAGUUCAGCGGGCAUGAUGAGAGUCAAACUGACAGGAAAGCAGAAAGAGGACAAAAUGAAGACAAUCCACCUCGGCAACAGUCAAUAGAGACAAGUGCAGUUAACACCGUAGCUCCACAGCUCAACGUGUACACAGCCUCAGAGGCCAAACUUGGUCAACAGAAGCCGGAGUGCGCCUCUACAGACUCUGGCUCACCCAGCAGGGAGCCCAGCAGGCCUGAAAUACAGGAUCCAGGUCCCACAGACUUGGAUUCUGGGAGUGUUCAGCCCGGUGCACCCCCAGCCCAAAGUGAGCUUCCAUCCCAGAUAAAGACGCAAUCAAAACAAAACAGACAACAGCAAUCCCCUCCAUAUUAAACACCUUCCACCAAUACAGCACAAAGAACCACAGCGGGUCGCUCAACGCAGCACCACCCGUCCUCCGACCCAGCAGCUUCUUCAUCUCACUUUCUCCAUCAGCAACACUUCACAUCUCCCCCCCACAACCCUACCACAGCCCACCCAGCCCAACACCGGGAGCCGAACGUUUACACCACCUCCACCCAUGCACCCACGCAGUCUCGACCUCGCUGUCAAUCUCCGGUUUGACCGUGUGAUCAGAUCAGGGUCAUCGCCGUCAUUGUUCCAGAGGAUACCAACGAUUUCCCAUCAGCCGAUCCUCGACUGACCUGCAGAUGAUCUGAUUUACUCUCUUGGGAUUUAUUACUAAUUGAUGAAAUUGAUUUUCACAAAUUGAUGAUGAGAUGAUGUGUAAUGAUGACCAAGGUAAGAUGAUGGGAAGCAGUACGUUGAAAUUAAUUGAAUAGUUGGGCAAGUAGGACAUCAUUUAGAUAUAAACAUAUUUGCUGUUUGUCAUUGUUUAUAAUGUUGUGGUGUAUUCAUGAAAAUACUUUUUUUUGUAGUACAUUUCUGAAGUGUUUUUGUUUUGGUUGUUGCCAUGUUUAACUUCGACAUGUUACCGUGUCUGCCAUUCCUAGUGGUAACUAUUUUGGAUCGCUUGUGUGACGACAGCGACCCCUCCUCCUCGUUUGUACCCCU